AUGGGAAGUGUCACACUGCGCUAUUUCUGCUAUGGGUGCCUUUUCACAUCCGUGACCUGGACACUGCUGCUCUUUGUUUAUUUCAACUUCAGUGAAGAGAACCAAUCCUUCAGGAAUGUGCCCAUCAAGGGGCUGGAACCUCAGAGGCCAUUCCCCAAAAAAUUCUACCCCCGUUUUACACGGGGGCCAGUUCAUGUAUCUGAGCUGCAACAGAAAGAGAGUAAGAUAGGAAAUUCUCUUGGGAAUCAUAUCCAGGACCCAGUUAAGGGGGAGGUAGAAUUCUCUCCUGAAAUGGGAAUGAUUUUUAAUGAAGAAGAUCAGGAAGUGAGAGACUUGGGCUAUCAGAAACAUGCUUUCAAUAUGCUUAUCAGUAAUCGAUUGGGAUACCACAGGGAGGUGCCUGAUACAAGGGAUGCAAAAUGUAGAGAGAAGUCCUACCCUGCUGAUCUGCCCUCUGCCAGUGUUGUUAUCUGUUUCUACAAUGAAGCACUUUCUGCCCUGCUCCGCACAGUGCACAGUGUCCUGGAUCGCACUCCUGCUCACCUUCUGCAUGAAAUCAUUUUGGUGGAUGACAACAGUGAAUUGG